CAGACAUCUCUUCUCAAGAAGGGCCCGGGGCUCUGAGGAAACAUGGGAACAAGUGGAACGGAGGAAGCGUACCUGGAUCAGGAUGCUGGGCGCCCAGGAGACAGCAGGGAAGGCCCCACAGUCUCCAAAAUUGCAUCGGUCUCGGUGGAGCAGGGACAGGUACCCAGCCGCCCCUCAGAACAAGUGUGUCUCCUUCAGGAUGAGCCCCCCGGGUGCAAAGAUCAAGUGUGGGUGAUGGAGAAAGACGAGGAAAGAGAGGAAACAGCAUCCAAUAAGGACAGUUCUGAACAAUUAGAGAUUUCUGGGAAAUUGUUUGAGGAUCCAAAAAAGGAAGCUUCCCAAAUUCUUGAGCAAAAAGAGAGUUUGGAAAACUUGCAAAAAUUAGAAGAUCAAGAAAAUAGAACUCUGAAUCAGGCAGUUCUUUAUGGAACGGGCAACAAGAAUACUGAAAAUAAAUGCAAGAGGCAGCUGAUGUGCAGCAGGUGUGGAAAAAGCUUCCGCAACAGGUCCAGUCUCAUCGCUCAUAAGAGAAUCCACACAGGGGAGAAACCUCACAAAUGCCUGAACUGUGGGAAGACGUUUGGUAGGAAAUCAACACUCAAUGUUCAUGAGAGAAUCCACACAGAGGAGAAACCCUAUGAAUGCUCAGUCUGUGGGAGGAGCUUCAGGCAAACUUCAAACCUUAUUGCUCACGAAAGAAUCCACACAGGAGAGAAACCCUACAAAUGUUCCAAUUGUGGGAGGAGCUUCAGCAUGAAAUCAGGCCUCCUUGUCCAUGAGAGAAUCCACACAGGAGAGAAACCAUACAAAUGCCUGAGCUGUGGGAAGAGGUUUGGUAGGAAAUCAAUACUCAUUGUGCAUGAGAGAAUCCACACAGAGGAGAAACCCUAUGAAUGCUCAGUCUGUGGGAGGAGCUUCAGCCAGACAUCAAGCCUUAUUGCCCAUGAAAGAAUCCACACAGGAGAGAAACCCUAUGAAUGUUCUAAGUGUGGGAACAGCUUCAGCCAUCCCUCAAGCCUUAUUGCCCAUGAGAGAAUCCACACAGGAGAGAAGCCCUACAGAUGUUCCAAGUGUGGUAGGUGCUUCAGAUUCAAACCAAGCCUGGUUGCCCAUGAGAGAAUCCACACAGGAGAGAAGCCUUUCAAGUGUUCAGACUGUGGGAAAAGCUUCAGCCUGAUAUCUACACUUAUCACACACAUGAGGACUCACAAAGGAGAAAAACCUUAUACCUGUUCAGUGUGUGGGAAAGGCUUCAGCCAUAACUCAAGCCUUAUUAUACAUAAAAGAAUACACACCGGGGAGAAACCAUAUCAGUGUGCAGAAUGUGGAAGAAGUUUCAGCUGCAGUUCAAAUCUUAUAACACACCAGAGAAUCCAUGCAGAGGACAAGCCCUACAAAUGUUUAAACUGUGGAAGACGUUUCAAUAGCAGUUCAAAUCUUAUCAAGCACCACAGGAUCCACUCAGAGGACAAGCCCUACGAUUGUUUAGACUGUGGAAAAAGUUUCAGCUGCAGUUCAAGCCUUAUUAGACAUCAGAGGACACGCACAAGGAAGAAGCCAUAUGGAUGCACCAACUUUGGGAAAAGCUUUAGUGUGCGAUCAAACCUUAGUGCUCAUGAGAGAAUCCACACUGCUAAGAAACCUUACCAAUGUGUAGACUGUCCCAAAUGUGUCUACUUGAGAUCCAGUCUCAAUGCACACAAGAGGAUACAUGGAGGAGAAAAGCCGUAUGACUGUGCAGACUGUGGGACGACCUUUACUUGCAGCUCAAGUCUCAUUCAGAAACCCUAUAACUGUGCAGACUGUGGGAAAAGUUUCAUCUUGAACUCCAACCUCAUUGCCCACCAGAGGACUCAUACAGGAGAGAAGCCAUACCAGUGCCCAGACUGUGGCAAAUUCUUCAGAAUGAGUUCACAUUUCAUUGUACACCGGAGAACCCACACAGGAGAGAAGCCAUAUGAAUGCUCAGAUUGUGGCAAAAGCUUCACUUCUAGUUCAGGCCUUAUUAGGCAUCACAGAACCCACACAGGAGAGAAACCCUAUCAGUGCUCUGAAUGUGGGAAAAGGUUCAAUCAAAGGGCAACCCUUACUUCCCAUCAAAGAAUCCACACAGGAGAGAAACCAUUUGAAUGCUUGAAGUGUGGGGAGAAAUUCACUUUCAGCAGCCACCUUGCAACCCAUAAAAAAAAUCACCCACAACAGCACCACCAUAAAUGCUUGGAAUGUGGAAAGAGAUUCAGUAGCCUCUCAGGUCUGGUUAUACAUCAAAGAACCCACACAGGGGAAAAGCCAUAUGAAUGCUUGGAAUGUGGAAUGCGCUUCUGUCAGUUAUCAACCUUAACUGGACAUCAAAGAACCCACACAGGGGAGAAACCAUAUACAUGUUUAGAGUGCGGAAAGGGUUUCAGUCAGAGCACAACGCUUACUGCACAUAAAAGAAUCCACACAGGGGAGAAACCUUAUAAAUGCCCGGAGUGUGGAGAGAGCUUUGCUUUGAGCACAAGCCUCAGUUCUCAUCGCAGAAGACACACAGGGGAGAAACCAUUUAAAUGCUUUGAAUGUGGAAUAAGCUUCAGUUACAGGGCAAACUUGUCUUCCCACCAAAAAAUUCACACAGGAGAGAAAAGCUAUAGAUGCGCAGAGUGCGGAAAAUGCUUCAACCGUAGCACAACCCUUACAGCACAUAAUAGAAUCCAUACAGGGGAGAAGCCGUACGGAUGUUCGGUCUGUGGGAAAAUAUUCCGGCGCCGCUCAGACCUUAAUAGCCACCAGAGAACCCACACAGGCGAGAAACCCUAUACAUGCUUGAACUGUGGGAAAAGGUUCAAUCGGAGCACAAACCUUAUUUCACACCAAAGAAUACAUACAGGUGAGAAACCGUACCAAUGUGUGGAUUGUGGAAAAAACUUUUGCCAUAAAUCUGGCUUGAUAAGGCAUCGGAGGAUCCACACGGGGGAGAAACCCUAUCCCUGUUCAGACUGUGGGAAGAGCUUCAGUCAAAGGCAACAUCUGAUCACACACCAGCGGAACCACACUGGGGAGAAACCAUUUACCUGCUCUGAGUGUGGGAAAAGCUUCAACCAGAGCCAGCACCUUAUCACGCACCAGCGGAACCACACAGGAGAAAAGCCGUUCGAAUGCUCACAGUGCCAGAAAAGCUUUUGCGACAAGUCCACCCUUAUUAGACAUCAGAGAAGCCACAUUGGGAAGAAACCGUUCAAAUGCUCUAAGUGUGAAGAAAGCUUCUAUCGCAGCAAACACCUGAUCAGGCACCAGAGAAUUCACAUCCAGACUUCAGAGAAACCCUAUAAAUGCCUACAGUGUGGAAAAUGUUACAGUCACAAGGUAAAUCUCACCAUUCAUCAAAGAACCCACACAGGGGAGAAGCCUUAUAAAUGCCUGGAGUGUGGAAAGUGCUUCAUCAGAAGCACCAGUCUUAUGUCUCAUCAACAGACUCACACAGGGGAGAAACCACACAAAUGUGCUGAAUGUGGAAAGUGCUUCCUCAGAAGCACCAAUCUUAUGUCUCAUCAACAGACUCACACAGGGGAGAAACCACACAAAUGUACUGAAUGUGGAAAGUGCUUCCUCAGAAGCACCAAUCUUACGUCUCAUCAACGGACUCACACAGGGGAGAAACCACACAAAUGUGCUGAAUGUGGAAAGUGCUUCCUCAGAAGCACGAAUCUUACGUCUCAUCAAAGAACUCACACAGGAGAGAAACCACACAAAUGUGCUGAAUGUGGAAAGACAUUCAGUAGAAGCACCAGCCUUACUUCUCAUCAAAGAAUUCACACAGGAGAGAAACCACACAAAUGUGCUGAAUGUGGAAAGACAUUCAGUAGAAGCACCAGCCUUACUUUGCAUCAAAGAAUUCACACUGGGGAGAAACCAUAUCAGUGUUCUGAAUGUGGAAAGAGCUUCCAUGUAAGGACAAGCCUCACUUAUCAUCAAAGAAUUCACACAGGGGAGAAACCACAUAAAUAUUCUGAGUGUAGAAAGUGCUUCAGUAGAAGCACAAACCUCAAUUCUCAUCAAAGAAUCCAUACUGGGGAGAAACCAUAUAAAUGCUUGAAAUGUGGAAAAAGCUUCUGUCAUAAGUCAACCCUUAAAACACACCUGCAAAUUCACACAGGAGAGAAACCAUACCAGCGUUCAGAUAAAUGCUGUGUGUGUAACAAAAUCUUUGAUUCUAAGGCAAGCCUUAGAGCUCAUUCAAAACUCCAUCCAGGGGAAAAACUGUUUAAAUGUUUACAGUGUGGAAAAAGCUACAGUGUAAGCUCAAGCCUCAUUUCGCAUCAGAGAAUUCACACAGGAGAAAAACCAUAUAAAUGUGCAGAGUGUGGAAAGAGCUUCAAUAGAAGCACCAGCCUCAGUGAUCAUCAGAGAAUUCACACAGGGGAGAAACCAUAUAAAUGCUUGGAGUGUGGCAAGAGCUUCAGUGUGAGCACUCACCUCACUUCUCAUCAAAGAAUUCACACAGGGGAGAAACCUUAUGAAUGUCAGGAAUGUGGAAAAAGUUUCAAUGUGAGCCGAAACCUCAGUAGACAUAAAAGAAUUCACACAGGGGAGAAACCAUACAAAUGUGCAGAGUGUGGAAAAAGCUUUAAUGUAAGCACAAAUCUCAGCAGACAUCAAAGAAUUCACACAGGGGAAAAACCCUAUAAAUGCUUGGAGUGCGGAAAGAGCUUCAAUGUGUGUACAAACCUCACUUCUCACCAAAGAAUACACACAGGAGAGAAACCAUAUACGUGCCUGGUAUGUGGAAAAAGAUUUAGUUUAAUUACACACCUUAGUUAUCAUCAAAGAACGCACACAAGGGAAAAACCCUAUGAGUGCCUGGAAUGUGGAAAGAGCUUCAGUGUCGGCACAAACCUCAGCAGGCAUCAACGAACCCACACAGGAGAGAAACCAUACCAAUGGUUGGCAUGUGAGAACAGUUUCCACAUGAAUAUAAACCUGAUCUCUCAUCAAGCAAUUCACACAGGGGAUAAACAAUAUAAUUACUUGGAAUGUGGAAAGAGUUUCAACCAGGACAUAAACCUCAGUCCUCAUCAGGUAACUCAGACAUGGCAGGAGCCAUAGACAUGCUUGGCGUGUGGGAUGAAGUUCAGUCACAAUACAACCCAGAUUUCAUACUGAAGAAUCCACUUGGGAGUAUGUAUUUGAAGAACUGACAAAUACCCAUGUGGACCUCCUCAGUCCUUAAGGUUGCCUCUGAAGUCCUGCUCACAAACCUGCCAGCAAGCUGGCAAGUUGGUGGGAACAAGAGAAAAGACUUUCUCAGGCUCAAAAACUGGGGAACUACCUCCCCUGGGAAGUUUAAUUAUCCCCCAUCAUUAUUUAGUUUAAAGAUGUGGUUCAUUUUUACCUGAUCAAUUUGAGAUUGGCCAGCCUUUAAAAGAUAACAGCAUAGUAUAAACACUAUUGAACAAAGCCAGACAUUAAUGUUUGGAGAAAUAAUCUUACAAAAGGAUGAUAAUUCAACCUGAAAAAAAUCAUUUUGAAUUUGUUUCAUGAUUACCAUUAAUUUCAUACUAACCAGUAGCUGCCCAGGUGGUUCACAACCAUUUAUCAAAGUAGAAUGAUAAGAGCUGAUGCAAUCAAA